AUGAGAUACGUGUUUGAAGAAGAGCAUUCUGGCAGCCAUGUGGAAGAUAAUGUGCAGGAGGGCAGGAACAGAGGUGGAGUGCUGAGAGUGAGCUUUGACAGCAGUCCACAGGAAAUUUGUGAAGGAACAGAAACAGGUACAGAAGAAAUUAGUAGAAUGUCUUCAAAAGCCAUGCGUAAAGUACAAGAGGAUAUUACAUCUCUGAACCAGCUUCUGUCACUGGCUGCCAGUGGAUUACAGAGGAACACCCUCAGUAUUGACAAGUUGAAAACAGAAACUGCUCAGGUCCUUGCAGGAACAUUUCCUGGAGUGCGGCACAACAGUGCAGAAGGGAAAUCCUUUGUCCUCUUAAUAAGAUGUCCUGGAGCUUCUCAUCGGAGACUUGCUCUAGAAAGGAGGAAAACUGAUAAAGCUCAGACAGAGAUUGAGAAUGAAAAUGGAACCACUGUAAUAGAUCUUCCAGGUACUUUAUCCCUCGAAACGGACUGUUCAAGGACAGGCACAGCACCUGCUUAGUGCAGCUUGAUAUCAGCGUCUCUGCCCCCAUGGCCUGAGGAGCCUGGCCUGGACAACCCCGCCUUGGAGGAGAACACGGCCACUGACACUAUGCAACAGCCGGUUAGUUUUCCAGAAGGCAAAAUUACUACAAUUGAAAUUCACCGGGGUGAUCCUUAUAUUCAGCUAGGAAUUAGCAUUGUGGGCGGCAAUUUAGCGCCACUGAUCAACAGAUACAUUGUUAUCCAGGAAGUCUGUCGGGAUGCGGUGAUCGCCAAAGAUGGAAGACUUCUUGCUGGAGACCCAAUUCUUCAGGUCAACAACUGUAACACCAGCAAUGUGUCUCACAACUAUGCCAGAGCCACCCUUUCCCAGCCCUGUUCCACACUGCACCUAAGCGUGCUGCAAGAGUGGUGCUUUGGGGGCCGGACCUACAGCCACCCCGACAGUAGCUCUCCCCGGGAAGAGGUCUUCCACGUAGUCUUUCACAAACGGGACUCUUGUGAACAACUUGGCAUUAAACCCAUUCAAAGGACCGGUGAACCAGGUGUUUUUAUCCUUGAUCUGUUGGAAGGGGGCCUGGCUGCCCAGGAUGGAAGGCUGAGCAGCAAUGACCGAGUGCUCGCCAUCAAUGGACACGACCUGAAGCUCGGAACCCCUGAGCUUGCCGCCCAGAUCAUUCAGGCUAGUGGCGACAGGGUGGAUUUAACAAUUGCUAGGCCGGGGAAAUCCCAGCCUGGUAACCCUGUCCAGGACGCAGGAGCUCUGGGUAGCAGCCAGCACCAUGCACAGCCGCUGUACCACAACAGACCCAGCUCAUACAAGGAUCUUACCCAGUGUGUUACAUGCCAAGAAAAACACAUUACUGUAAAGAAGGAACCACCUGAGUCCCUGGGAAUGACAGUGGCAUGGGACAGAGGAAGCAAGAGUGGUAACCUGCCCAUCCUUGUAACCAGUGUGCCAGCUCAUGGCUGUCUGGCACGUGAUGGCCGCAUAAAAAGAGGUAAGAUAGGGAGGGCUGGGAACAGUGAAACUCCUCCCAUCUUCUCCCUGCAUGCAACUCAUGUUUGA